CGGAAUCCCACGGAGGGAACGUAAGCACCGACGCACGGAGGAGUCACUGUGACUAUCUGGCUGUUGUGAACUCCGCGCCAGUGUCAUUCACUUCUGAGUACCAUUUCUUAUUUUUAACCAGGCUAACACAUAUCCCAGUGAGCAUUUCUAAUGACAAGCAGCAUGAAGGUUUUAAGCAUAGACUGCCGACGUCUUCAGAAAAUAAUAAGAAAAGAAUAUGGAAACUGUCUCAUAGUGGAUUGCCGAACGUAUUUUUCUUUCUUGGACUCAAGCAUAAAAGGUUCCGUCAAUGUAAACUUGAACUCGGUUAUUCUCCGGAGAUUGCGAGGAGGUCCCGUGCCUCUAAAAUACAUUAUACCGGACGAGAAAGCCCAGUGUCGACUGCGAGAGGGCAGCAUCUCGACGGUAGUAGCUUUGGACAGCAGUACGCUCCACUGGCAAAAAGUAAAAAAGGACAGCGUUGCCCAGAUUGUUAUCAGUACAUUCUCACAUCUAGCAAGUGGAGCUAAAAUUUGUUUUCUGAAAGGCGGAUAUGAGUGCUUCCAUUCUCAGUACCCCGAGCUCUGCACUGAGCUGAAACCCACCCCGCACCGCGGAACUGAAAUGCAGAAGCUGGUCUCUCACCACAAACCAGAUUACGAUCAGGGCAAGCCGGUGGAGAUCCUGCCUUUCCUGUACCUGGGCAGUGCCUACCACGCUUCCAGGGACGACUACCUCCAUGACCUUCAGAUCACGGCCUUGCUCAACAUCUCCCGCAGGGACCCGCAGCAGCCCAAAGGCCGCCUGCGCUACAAGCGCAUCCCGGUGGAGGACAGCCACCUCGCCGACAUCAGCGCCCACUUCCCCGAGGCCAUAGACUUCAUCGACUGCGUGAGAACAUCAGGGGGGAAAGUUCUGGUUCACUGUGAAGCGGGCAUCUCCAGAUCUCCCACCAUAUGCAUGGCCUACAUCAUGAAAACCAAGGGACUUCAGCUGGAGGAGGCCUUCCAGUUCAUCAAGCAGCGGCGGCCCCUUAUCUCCCCGAACCUCAGCUUCAUGGGGCAGCUGCUUCAGCUCGAGACCGAGCUCCUCCCCUCUGUGACGCUUACGCCUACUGCCCCCUGCAGUCAGGACAGAAUAUCACCGCGCGCAGACGCCUUCGCUCUCAGCAAUACGUACGAGGCAUCCGUGUUCAGCUUCCCAACAUCCUUUCUGACUCCAGUGUCCAUUCAGACCCCGGUGCACCAGCUGAAUUUAUGCCCGAUAACCGCGUUGCCUUAAUUUGAACAUUGUGCGUGUGCAAGAUGAGAGACAGAAAACGAAAAUUGCCAGUGAAAAUGUACACUCAACAUAUGACGAAGGAAUGAAGGACAUUUGUUUCUUUCUUGUUUAGUAAUUAAGUUACUACAGACUCCGUUUUUCUACGUAUGUAAUAAACCAAGCACGACAAGUAGAUUGAUAACUGCCUUAAAGUGAUUUUUGUUCACAGUAAGUUAGAAGUGCAUUAUAAAUGCGGGUAUUCCAAUUUUUUAAAGCUCUGAAAGUUAGUGGAAAUAGUACCCUAAUAAAGAUGUUGGCCAAAUACAA